AUGACGACAACUGAUGGGGGGAUAAAUAAAAUGGUGUUUUAGCCCGGCCAUUGCUUCCCGAUGCAGCCUCAAGCACAUUUUAUUUAUAUUGGCAAGUUUUGCCAACCAGAAAUGGACAGUUUUGAUAGUAAGCAAUUCUGGUAAUGCACAGAGAUUAGCUCUAGUCCGCUUUCGGGAUUAGAUUUUACCUCGAGGGAAAGGAGGAUUCAUAGUUGGAAAGGAGAAGCGUAGCAAAGUCUACAGUCAAUACCUAGACUAAAUCGGGAACCCCUAGCGUAAAAUUGAGUUACGCGCUGGGCUUUGUGGAAAACCCCUAGCGUAAAACUGAGUAACGCGUUGGGCUUUGAAUUUUUCCUUUUUGCAGAGAGUCAACCAGAAAUCCCCAUUUUUUGGGAUUUUGGCGUGGGCAGCCUUCGUGUGCACAAGCAGCAAGCCGCAGAAGUCCUUAGUUUUCCCUCUUAGCACUGGAGCUGACAAGGCAAGAAGGAGAUGAAGACACUACUUCACAGGUGUCAUGGCGUCAGACGGUGAAGAAGAGGAAGGGUGGUGCUCGGCACUAUUCUCGCCAGAUUAUUUAUUCAAACUCAGAAAAGUUCUCCUGUUGAUUUUGCAAAGAGGGUAUCCCCUAGGAGAUCCUUGGUGACUGCAUAACCAAUAGGCAAGCAAGCCAAGACCACUAAAUUAAGUUUAACGACAAUUGAUGAGAAAAAGGUGAAUAGUAAACUAAUUAAUAUUAUGGGAGUAUCACACACAAAAGCAAGCGAAAUUCCACAGCUAAGGGCAAAGUGUCUAAUAGUUGGGCAGCAGCAAGUUGGAAAAACUUGCUUUGUCCAAAGAUACAACAAUGAAGAAUUCAACAACGACUACAGUCCUACAUUAGGCUGCAACCUAAAGACCUUUUCAAUUGACUAUUACGGUUUACUAGUUCAGCUUCUAGUCAUGGACUCUUUAUCUGACAUGGACUUGCAGCUCGAAUGCCGUCUAAAAUCAAUCAAAAACGCUGACUCCAUUGCAUUAGCCUUUGAUCUCUCCAAUUUUGCCUCCUGCCAAGACAUUUCUUCUAAAAUCGAUUUAUUCAAAAAAAACGAAUACAGAAACAAAGAAUUACUUUUAAUAGGCACUAAAGCAGACAAAGAAAAUCUUGAAGUCAGCUCUGAUGACAUACAAAAAAUUAUUGAUACAGAAAACGAAAUUAAAAUUUCUUAUAUUGAGACCUCAGCGAAAAAUGGCUUAAAUAUUGCAGCUGCAUUUAUGAAGGUCGUCGAAAUUAGUGUGGGAAUGCAAACUUUGAAUUGGGAAAGGCGGAAGAAUUUUUUGUGAAUUGCGAAAAAAAUAAUGCCACCGACUGAUGAAGAAGACGGAGGGAGAAAUCUUUAUUGGGCAAACCUCUGUGAAGCGAUACCUAAUAUGAUUUCGAAGAAGGGCAAAAAAAGAGAGCUGCCACUUUAUAGGAUUCCUCCAGAGUUAAUUCCUAAAAUUGCAGAAUAUUUGUAA